AUGUAUGCCCAGUCAGCUCUAGAGAGUUCGCAAAUAAGUCUCAUAAUAGAAAAUCUCGAAAACGCGCUCAAUACGAAUAAACGAAUCUCGUUGUUCAACGAGAACGGACUGAUCUCCCCACUCAGCACUAUACAAUCGUUAGGUCUCCGCGAAGGAGACGCGAUCGCCUUCCUUUACCACUCCAUUAAGGGAACAGACCACUUACAGCUUCAAGACAUAUUCCUUCCCUCGCUCUGCAAUAAAUCGCGCUUUAUCGAUGCGAUUCGAAAUCGACCUUGCAUCCAGCUGGACAAUCUUCGUUUUUCCUACAAGCCACAAUCUCCAGAGCAAGUCCCUGCCCUGAUUCUGAGCUUCACAGACCACGCGAUCUCGACGAUCACCGUCUCGGAUUCGCUCGAAAACUUCGAGUUUUGCAUCGACGGUCUCUCUGCGGUGCGCAACAACGCGAUCACUUCCGUGCGCCAGCUCUUCAUUCCCUGGACCUACGUCAAACAGAUCUCCAUCUCUCAGUUUCUGCUGUUUCUCUCCCGAUUUAGCUUCACUCACCUCUCUCUGCUGGCGUUCCGCUGCCCCUCGCUGACCGAAAACGAGCUGCGCGAAGUGCGGCAGCGCGUACAGGAAGUUCGUUAUCCGUUUUUCGUGCUGAUCAACGGUGAGGGAGGCGAGCGAGCGUGAAAGAUAGACAGCCCGCUCGUUUCGAUCUCGAACUACUUGGAGCAGAUCGCAAACGCGACGAAAACAGCAGAGGCGCAAAGCCAGAAGGUGGAAGAGCAGGUGGGAAAGAUCCGCGAAUUGGUGGAUACGACGUACGCGUUGAAGAAGCAGAUCAACGAGGCCGAAGAAAAGAUGAAGAAGGCCGAAGAGGCGGAAGCGAAACGCAAAACGGAGUGCGAAACGCUGCUGGAGCAGCUUCGCCAGAUCAGCGGGAAGGAAAAGAAAACAGAAUCAUUGCGUGACGACGUGCUUCGAAUGACGG